AUGACGCGUAUUUUGUCAUCGUCCGGCGAACACUGGAAACUCACCAGGACAUUUUCCUCGAAAACUCUUCGGGAGUUUGGAUUUGGAGGCAGUUCAUUGGAAUCAAGAGUAAAAGAAGAAACAGCAUCUUACUUAGAUAUCAUUGAGCAACAAAACGGGUGCCCGUACGACAUCAAGCCGUUGACAGUCUUGGCUGUGUCCAAUGUCACAUGCAGUAUUGCAUUUGGAAAUAGAUUUGAAUACACUGACGCAAGGUUUAAGCGAUUGACGUCCCUUUUUGCUGAUAACAUUCGGCUAACAGUGGAGAGCGGAGCUGUAAGAAACAUACCUGGUGCCAGGUACCUUCCUGGGGACAUGUUUAAUAUCAAAAAGUUGAUUAGCAAUUAUAACGAUAUCAAGGAAUGUAUCGAUGAACAAAUUAACGAACACAGGACAAAGUUUGACGAAGAUAAUCAACGAGAUUUCAUUGAUGCUUUCCUUACCGAACAAAACAAACGUGGCAAGGAUGAACAGAUUUUUGAAGAUAUAAACUUGUCAGCUAUCAUCAUGAAUCUGUUCCUUGGCGGAACUGUCACAUUAUCUGGCAUAUUUGUAUGGGCGAUACUGUACCUUCUUCACAAUAAAAACAUCCAGGACAAACUUCGAAAGGAGAUAGAGUCAGUGGUCGGGACGUCCAGGCUUCCGUCACUCACCGACAAACCCGCCUUGCCUUACAACGAGGCGUUUAUGACAGAAGUACACCGAAUGGCCAACUUCGCACCAUUUUCUGUGCCUCAUGGUGCCACGAAGGACAUCCAGUUCCGUGGAAUGACUAUACCAAGUGGGUCGAUGAUCCUGGUUUCCCUUGACUCCGUAAUGAACGAUCCCAACAUCUUUGAAAAUCCUGACACAUUUAAUCCCGAUAGAUAUCUAGGACAGGACGGACAACUCAAUGACAAAGAGAGAAAUGUCAUAUCCUUCUCGCUAGUGGGAGAUCAUGUGACCUGUCUCGGAGAAUCCUUAGCAAGGCUGAAACUAUUCACACUGAUGACAUCAUUGCUGCAGAGAUUUGAGAUCCUCCCUGAGGUACCGGACCAACUUCCCUCACUCGAACCUAUCCCAGGGCUGGCACGGGCGCCAUAA